AUGCUGUGCAGGCCGGUUCGGACGGCCCGGGCACUGGGCAGCCUUGCGCGGCUAUCGCAGACGCGCUCCAUCUCCAGCAAUGCCGUGAUCUUCUCGGGUAUUCAGCCCACCGGCAUCCCCCAUCUGGGGAAUUAUCUCGGGGCUCUUAGACAAUGGGUCAAGUUGCAGAAUGAAGCUGCCUCGGGGGCCAAGCUACUCUACUCCAUUGUUGAUCUACACGCCAUCACGAUGCCGCAGAAUGCGCAGCAGCUUAGGCAGUGGAAAAGAGAAUCUCUGGCAUCGCUAGUUGCUGUCGGAUUGGAUCCUGAGAAGUCAAUUCUCUUCUACCAGUCUUCUAGCAAGCUUUCUCUGUCACAGGACUCAUCUUUCUUGGAUGAGAAGGCAAAAUCAUCACUGAAACUUGGCCUCUUUUCCUACCCGGUCCUCCAAGCUGCCGAUGUGGCAACACAUGUCCCGGUAGGCGAUGACCAGAGGCAACAUCUCGAAUUUGCCCGCGAAUGUGCGACCAAUUUCAACCACACAUACGGCGGCGCGCUUGUGGCCCCGGAGACGAUCUUGUCUCCGGCAAGGCGAGUGAUGUCUCUUCAGCAGCCCACGCAGAAAAUGUCCAAGUCACACGCCGAUCCUCGUUCGCGCAUCGUCCUGACGGACACGCCCGAGGAAAUCCGGAAGAAGGUCAUGUCAGCCCUGACCGACUCCACCAACUCCGUGUCCUAUGACCCAGAGGCCCGGCCCGGCGUGUCCAAUCUUCUCGAGGUGAUCUCCAUCUUUGAUGAAGCCGGGCGCAGUCCUCAGGAAAUCGCACAGGAGCUCGGCGGAGCGAAUUUGCGAGCGCUGAAGGAGAAGGCAGCCGAUGCUAUCAAUGGCGGUCUGAGUAACAUCCGCGAGAGAUACCUUGAAAUGCUCGCCAAGGAUGAUGGCAAGUAUAUAGACCAUGUGGCAGAGCAGGGUGCACGAAAAGCGAGGGCUAAUGCGGAGGAGACGAUGGAAGGUGUACGAGCAGCUGUAGGACUGUAA